AAGUGAACCAUGUCCAGCCUGAGGCUGCCGCUCCUGCUCCUACUGCUGGCCCCGUCGCCGCUGCAGCCCUCCUUGCUGCCACAGCUAGACACCCCAGAGGUCAAGGCCACCGUUGCACGCCUGAUCCUCUCCGCACUGGAGCGAGCCACUGUCUUCCUGGAGGAGAGGCUGCCUGAGCUCAACCUGGACGGCGUGGUGGGCUUCCGGGUGCUGCAAGAGCAGCUCAAAGGCAUUCAGGAGGAGCGGGCCGGGGACCCCCUGCUGCGGCCGCUGAGCCUGCGUGUGGGAAGGCUGGCUGGGAGGCUGGUGACCCUCCUCCACAGAUCCAUUUCCUACCAGAAGCUGAGUGACCCCACCUACCUACGAGAGUUCCAGCCAACCAUCCAGCCGGGGUUCUGGAAGCUUCCUCACGCCUGGACCCGCACCAACGCCUCCAUGGUCUACCCCACGUUCGAGCCCGAAGACUCCUUCUCAGAGGACAGCAGUGACAGAUGCCUGGUGCAGCUGCUGGGAACCGGGCCGGACCGCAGCCUGCCCUGCAGGCUCUCGGACUUCUGCAGGACCCUCAUGACCAGGGCCGGCUGCUCGGGCUACUGCUUGUCCCACCAGCUGCUCUACUUCCUCUCCGCCAGAAUGAUGGGAUGCACCAAAGGGCUGUUCCUCCAGAGCCAGCACUACAUGGACCUCUUCUGUGCCAACAUGAUGGAUCUGAACCGGAGAGCUGAGGCCGCCGGAUAUGCCAACCCCACCCAGGACAUCUUCAUGGAAAACAUCAUGCUGUGUGGAAUUGGCGGAUUCAUCGACUUCUACAAGCUCCGGUGGCUGGAAGCCAUCCUCAGCUGGCAGAAGCCGAGAGAAGGAUGCUUCGGGAAGCCGGCUCCUGAAGAUGACAGAUUAUCUAAAGCCACUCGAUACCACCAGCAUUUUUUGAGCAGAGUGAAAAGGCGAGAAAAACAAUUUACAGAUGGCUGCUCUGCCCACAACACCGCCAUGGCGGUCGGAGCCCUGGGCGGCUUCCUCUAUGUCCUGAUGGAGCACCCCCGAGCUCAGGGAAAGGCCCUCCAAUCCACACCAUCACUGCCAAGCAGCUCCUGA